AUGGUCCGUGCGUUUGCUCAGAGUGGAGCACUGUGCCUGAUGGAGUCGGGUGGGAACUUCAAAGGCCUAUGCAAGCAAAUCGACCACUUUCCUGAGGAUGCGGAUUACGAAGCUGACACGGCCGAAUAUUUCCUCCGGGCGGUGCGGGCCUCGAGCAUCUUCCCGAUACUGAGCGUGAUCCUGCUCUUCAUGGGCGGCCUGUGCGUGGCGGCCAGUGAGUUCUACAAGACGCGACACAACAUCAUCCUGAGUGCCGGCAUCUUCUUCGUGUCCGCAGGGCUGAGCAACAUCAUUGGCAUCAUCGUGUACAUAUCCGCCAACGCUGGGGACCCCUCCAAGAGCGACUCCAAGAAGAACAGCUACUCGUACGGCUGGUCCUUCUACUUCGGGGCCCUGUCCUUCAUCAUCGCCGAGAUGGUCGGGGUGCUGGCCGUGCACAUGUUUAUCGACCGGCACAAACAGCUGCGGGCCACAGCCCGCGCCACGGACUACCUCCAGGCCUCGGCCAUCACCCGCAUCCCCAGCUACCGCUACCGCUACCAGCGCCGCAGCCGCUCCAGCUCGCGCUCCACCGAGCCCUCCCACUCCAGGGACGCCUCGCCCGUGGGCAUCAAGGGCUUCAACACCCUGCCGUCCACGGAGAUUUCCAUGUACACCCUCAGCAGGGACCCCCUGAAGGCCGCCACCACGCCCACCGCCACCUACAACUCCGACAGGGACAACAGCUUCCUCCAGGUCCACAACUGUAUUCAGAAGGAGAACAAAGACUCGCUUCACUCCAACACAGCCAACCGCCGGACCACCCCCGUGUAAAGACCCCGGGGAAGCGCUGGCGGGCUGGGGGGCGGGGAGCCCUUCCCAAAGCAAAAAACAACAACAACA